AGAGAGAGAGAGAGGGAGAAGAGAGAGAAAGAAGCGCGCGUCAGCGGCAGUAAGCGAGCGUCCCGUCGCUCGCGCCCAAAAGCAGCCAAAAUUCGGAUCAAGAACAAGGACCCGGUGCCGUCCUACGCGAUGGAGAUCUUGGACGAGUACCAGGACAGCAUGGGCCAGGCCGUCGCCGGCGACGUCGCCGUGGCCAAUAUGGCGAGUAUCGCUGCCGGCAUGGCCCAUCAUCGCCACACUCCUGACAGCCCGAUGUCGCAUCAGGAGGAGGACCUCUCGGAUCCCGAUCGCCAGGAUGAGGAGAGCGGGGAGGAACUGCCACAGCAGCCACUACAAGGCACCAAUCGCUCCUCGGCAGAUAGUACACCCGUGCCGACGCCACUCACACACCUUAACAGCCUCAUGAGCUCCACUCAUCCACACUUUUUAGCCAAGAUCAAACUCGAGAACGACAUGGACAUCCUGAACAACAAGAGCGGUCUCGAGGCCCUUCAAGCGGCAAUGAGCGGUGGCGGCUUCAACCUGCCGUUCUCGUUCCCGGCUCCGGGCGCGUUCCUCGCCCCGGGUCAGCAGCAGCAGCACCCCCAGCAUCCGGGCAACCCUCUUCUCGGGCAGUCCGGCAGCAGUAACGGUGCCGGACCCGGAAGUAAUAACAACAACGGCGGGGGCAGUGCCCACGCGUCCUCGGCGAGCUCACACUCUAGCGAGUCGUCGCAGGGCAGCGGACGCAACGGGCUCGAGGUCACCGCCAACCGAGAAUCGGCGGGUAGUGGUGGUGGUGGUGGUGUCGGUGGCGGUGGCGGUGGUGGCGGUGGCGGUGGCUGCGGUACCGGCGUCGGGGUCCAUACCCAGCCGGGCUCCCAAGGACAGCAGUCCGCCCACCAGCAGCAGACCAGUUGGAGCUUCGAGGAGCAGUUCAAACAGGUGCGUCAGGCAAGUACAUUGUGUAUUAUCUAAACGCUCUGU